UAUACAUGGACAAGGCCCGCUGCCGCUGCCCCUGCCGCUCGUCUCUCGUCUUCUCCGCCGCCAUGGCCUCCGAUCUCGGGCAACCGCCGCCGGCGAAACGCCCGCCGACGGCGCCCACCACCAUUACCGCUAUCGGCGACGACCUCCUUUGCGAGAUCUUCCUCCUCCUUCCCUCCCUCCCGAGCCUCGUCCGCGCCGCCCUCGCGUGCCGCGCCUUCCUCCACGCCGUCCGUUCGUCCCCCGCCUUCCGCCGCAGAUUCCGGGCGCUCCACCCGCCGCAGAUCCUUGGCUUCUUUUGCGACCCCGGCCGCGAAGCCGUCCCUCCCUUCGUCCCCCUCCGCAGCCGCUCCGACCCGGACAUCGCCGCCGCCGUCCGCGGCGCCGAUUUCCUCCUCACCCGGAUCCCAGAAGACAGCGGCGACUCCACCCUCGGGUGGGAGCUGCAGAGCUUCCACGGCGGCUACGUCGUCCUCGUCAACAAUGCCACCGACCAGAUCGCUGCCUACAACCCCCUCACGCAGGCACUGCAUCUCGUCCCCCACCCGCCCGAAGAUAUCAUCUUCUCCAUCUCCCCUGAGUUCCACAUCCUCUUCUCGGAAGAGGACCAGAGGGUAUUCCGUAUGGUCUGUGUCCAGCACCAGGACACGCCGAGCCUAGCCGUCUUCUCAACGGCGACCAGCGAGUGGCAGGUUUUGCCGUGGGUGGAGACCCCGCCACUACCUGAAGGCGACAAUCGCUUGUUCCACCCUGGCACGCAGCUGAAUGGAUUCGUUUACUGGAAACACGCGAGCCAAGCCUAUGUGCUCGCUCUCAACACCGCGACAAUGCAAUUUUCCAGAGUGAGCUUGCCGCAUUUCUUGGCAGAGAUAGAUCAUAUGCUGUUUAGGCUUGGUCAGACCAAGGAUGGGAAGCUCUGUAUGGUUGGGGUAGAUGACUCUGACACAAAGAUAGGAACACUUGUUGUUCGUGUUUGGGGAGCCGAUGAUGACGGUGUUGAGAAGUGGAUGCUGGAAGAUACUUUUUCACUGAGUAAAUUUGUUGAUGUCACUAAGUCUUCAACAGAGUAUGAUUCCACGGUGCAGAUUGAGGCAUUUGUCGAUGGCUUUGUGUACCUCUGUAUUCAGUAUGGUGAGCAUAUUGAGUCCCUCAUAUCCCUCUCCCUGGAAACAGGAAAGCUGAACAAGAUAUUUGAUGAUACAUAUACAAGCCCUGCUCAUCCCUACAUCAUGUCAUGGCCUCCUUCUUUGGUAUGCAACAAGGAGGAUUCACAAACCAAGAUUACUGGAGGCAGUGUUGAGGACGCUGGUUCUGUGGGAGCAUGACAAAGAAACUCCCUCUGUUUUAGUCACAGCGCCACAAUCGCACAUAUUUGAUUGAUGACGAUGAAGCGAAAGUCAUGGAGAUAGAGUUUUUUUUUUUUACUUUGUAUUGGGGAUGAUAAAAACUCGGCAAACAAAAUCACUACAAUGCAUAACUGGCAACUGUGAGCGAUCGUAAAUUGAGAAUAAGUGCCAACUUAGAUAGCUUUAGGGAAAAGGCAGAAAGAGAGUUGAUGGAAUUUAUGCUAUCUUGCUGUGGAUUGAGUUUCAGGCCAUUUGAUUCUUAUCUUGACUAGUUGUC